CCGAGCCCCGUCGCUGCCGCGCUCGCCCGGGUCCCCCGGAGCCCCGAUGAGCCCAGAUGGCCGGGGCUCAGCCCGGAGUGCACGCUUUGCAACUCAAGCCCGUGUGCGUGUCCGACAGCCUCAAGAAGGGCAUCAAAUUCGUCAAGUGGGAUGAUGACUCUGCUAUUGUCACUCCAAUUAUUUUGAGGACUGACCCUCAGGGAUUUUUCUUUUACUGGACCGAUCAAAAUAAGGAGACGGAGCUGUUAGAUCUCAGCCUUGUCAAGGAUGCCAGAUGUGGGAAGCAUGCCAAAGCUCCCAAGGACCCCAAGUUACGUGAACUUUUGGAUGUGGGGAACAUCGGGCGCCUGGAGCAUCGUAUGAUAACCGUGGUGUAUGGGCCUGACUUGGUUAACAUCUCCCAUUUGAAUCUCGUGGCUUUCCAAGAAGAAGUGGCGAAGGAGUGGACAAAUGAGGUUUUCAGUUUGGCAACAAACCUGCUGGCCCAAAAUAUGUCAAGAGACGCAUUUCUGGAAAAAGCCUAUACUAAACUUAAGCUGCAAGUCACUCCAGAAGGGCGCAUUCCUCUCAAAAACAUAUACCGCUUGUUCUCAGCAGACCGGAAGCGAGUUGAAACUGCUUUAGAGGCCUGUAGUCUUCCAUCUUCAAGGAACGAUUCAAUACCUCAAGAGGAUUUCACUCCAGAAGUGUACAGAGUUUUCCUGAACAACCUUUGCCCUCGACCUGAAAUUGAUAACAUCUUUUCUGAAUUUGGUGCCAAAAGCAAACCAUACCUUACUGUUGAUCAGAUGAUGGACUUUAUCAACCUUAAGCAGCGAGAUCCCCGGCUAAAUGAAAUACUUUACCCACCUUUAAAGCAAGAACAAGUCCAAGUAUUGAUUGAGAAGUAUGAACCCAACAAUAGUCUCGCCAAGAAAGGACAGAUAUCAGUGGAUGGCUUUAUGCGCUAUCUGAGUGGAGAAGAAAAUGGAGUCGUUUCACCUGAGAAACUGGAUUUGAAUGAAGAUAUGUCUCAGCCCCUCUCUCACUAUUUCAUCAAUUCCUCACACAACACCUACCUCACAGCUGGCCAGUUGGCUGGAAACUCCUCUGUCGAGAUGUAUCGCCAAGUGCUUCUGUCUGGUUGUCGCUGUGUGGAGUUGGACUGCUGGAAGGGACGGACUGCUGAAGAGGAACCAGUCAUCACCCAUGGGUUCACCAUGACAACCGAAAUAUCCUUCAAGGAAGUGAUAGAAGCAAUUGCUGAGUGUGCAUUUAAGACGUCACCUUUUCCAAUUCUGCUUUCAUUUGAGAACCACGUAGAUUCCCCAAAGCAGCAAGCCAAGAUGGCGGAGUAUUGCCGACUGAUCUUUGGAGAUGCUCUUCUCAUGGAACCACUGGAAAAAUACCCACUGGAAUCUGGAGUUCCUCUUCCAAGCCCUAUGGAUUUAAUGUACAAAAUUUUGGUGAAAAAUAAGAAGAAAUCACACAAGUCGUCGGAAGGAAGUGGCAAAAAGAAGCUCUCGGAACAAGCGUCCAACACGUACAGUGACUCCUCCAGCAUGUUCGAGCCCUCGUCUCCCGGAGCCGGGGAAGCUGACACUGAGAGUGACGACGACGACGAUGAUGAUGACUGUAAAAAAUCUUCAAUGGAUGAGGGGACUGCCGGGAGUGAGGCCAUGGCCACCGAAGAGAUGUCUAACCUGGUGAACUACAUUCAGCCAGUCAAGUUUGAGUCAUUUGAAAUUUCAAAAAAAAGAAAUAGAAGUUUCGAAAUGUCUUCCUUCGUGGAAACCAAAGGCCUUGAGCAACUGACGAAGUCUCCCGUGGAAUUUGUAGAAUAUAACAAAAUGCAGCUUAGCAGGAUAUAUCCAAAAGGAACCCGUGUGGAUUCAUCGAACUACAUGCCUCAGCUCUUCUGGAAUGCAGGUUGCCAAAUGGUUGCCCUUAAUUUUCAAACUGUGGACCUCGCUAUGCAAAUAAAUAUGGGGAUGUACGAAUACAAUGGGAAAAGUGGCUACAGAUUAAAACCAGAGUUCAUGAGGAGACCUGACAAGCAUUUUGAUCCAUUCACCGAAGGCAUCGUGGAUGGGAUAGUGGCCAACACUUUAUCUGUUAAGAUUAUUUCAGGUCAGUUUCUUUCCGAUAAGAAAGUCGGGACUUACGUAGAAGUGGAUAUGUUUGGUUUGCCUGUGGACACAAGGAGGAAGGCAUUUAAGACCAAAACAUCACAAGGAAAUGCUGUAAAUCCUGUCUGGGAAGAAGAGCCCAUUGUGUUCAAAAAGGUGGUCCUUCCUUCUCUGGCCUGUUUGAGGAUAGCAGUUUAUGAAGAAGGAGGUAAAUUCAUUGGUCACCGGAUCUUGCCCGUACAAGCAAUUCGGCCAGGCUAUCACUACAUCUGCCUGAGGAAUGAAAGGAACCAGCCUCUGAUGCUCCCAGCUGUCUUUGUCUACAUAGAGGUGAAAGACUAUGUCCCAGAUACAUAUGCAGAUGUGAUUGAAGCUUUGUCAAAUCCAAUACGAUAUGUGAAUCUCAUGGAGCAAAGAGCUAAACAGUUAGCUGCUUUGACACUGGAAGAUGAAGAAGAAGUAAAGAAAGAGGCUGAUCCUGGGGAAACACCAUCAGAAGCUCCAAGUGAAGCCAGGACAACUCCAGCAGAAAACGGAGUGAAUCACACUACAUCCUUGGCACCCAAACCACCAUCCCAGGCUCUCCACAGCCAACCGGCUCCAGGUUCUGUAAAGGCACCUGUGAAAACAGAAGACCUUAUUCAGAGUGUCCUAACAGAAGUGGAAGCCCAGACCAUCGAAGAGCUAAAGCAGCAGAAAUCCUUUGUGAAACUUCAAAAGAAGCACUACAAAGAAAUGAAAGACCUGGUUAAAAGACACCACAAGAAAACCACUGAUCUUAUCAAAGAACACACUACAAAAUAUAAUGAGAUUCAGAACGACUACUUGAGAAGGAGGGCAGCUUUGGAAAAGACAGCCAAAAAGGAUAGUAAGAAAAAAUCAGAUCCCAGCAGUCCUGACCAUGGUUCAUCAACGAUUGAACAAGAUCUUGCUGCCCUAGAUGCUGAAAUGACCCAAAAGUUAAUAGACUUGAAAGACAAACAACAGCAACAGCUGCUUAAUCUUCGACAAGAGCAGUAUUAUAGUGAAAAAUAUCAGAAGCGAGAACAUAUUAAACUGCUUAUUCAAAAAUUGACGGAUGUUGCUGAAGAAUGUCAGAAUAAUCAGCUGAAGAAGCUCAAAGAAAUCUGUGAGAAAGAGAAGAAGGAGUUAAAGAAGAAGAUGGACAAAAAAAGGCAGGAGAAGAUAACAGAAGCUAAAUCCAAAGACAAAAGUCAAAUGGAAGAGGAAAAGACAGAGAUGAUCCGGUCAUACAUCCAAGAGGUGGUGCAGUACAUCAAGAGGUUAGAAGAGGCCCAAAGUAAACGGCAAGAAAAACUUGUAGAGAAACACAAGGAGAUACGUCAACAGAUCCUGGACGAAAAGCCCAAGCUGCAGACAGACCUGGAGCAAGAAUACCAAGACAAGUUCAAAAGACUGCCCCUGGAGAUCUUGGAGUUCGUGCAGGAAGCCAUGAAAGGGAAGAUCAGUGAAGACAGCAACCACAGCUCUGCCCCUCCCUCCCUGGCCUCAGAGCCUGGAAAAAUGAACCACAGGCCUCCCUCCAGUGACGAGCUGGAAGGAGACAACCCAGGAAAAGAGUUUGAUACUCCUCUGUGA